AUGCGACCAGUGCCAGAAGUACCGGGUGUUGAAUUGGGCAUCCACCUAUCUCCUCCCAUCUCGUUUUCAAGAGCAACACCACCAAAACCAGCAAAAUGCGACGCCCGCACAUGUCCCUGGUGGCCUUACUCCAACUCCAAGGAAUUCAAAACAAAUACUGUCAUGAUCCUCACCAUCCUCUUCUGUGCUCUCAUAUCAGCUCUAGCUUUCAAUGCUACCAUUCGCUAUCUCCUGCGUCAUCGCCGCACAGUACACCAUGGACCAGAAGAACAAGGGGUAGUAGAUGAACAGCAAUCCAAGCCAGACCUCUGCUCCCUGGCCACAAUGGUGUUUUCUGCAGGGAUGAAUAUGGUAGGAGCAGAGGCAGAGUGCUCCAUCUGCCUCUCUGAGUUCAUUGAUGGCGAGGAAAUUCGAGUGUUAGGCAGGUGUAACCACGGCUUCCACGUUCAAUGCAUUCAGACAUGGUUAUCUUCCCGUUCCUCUUGCCCUACUUGCCGCGCUACUUGUUUCCCGCCUUCAUCCUCCGAUGAGAUCACUGGUUGUCACCAAAGACAUAACUCGUAA